AUGGAAACUUCAGCAAGAAUUGUAAUACAGCAGUGUCUUGCUGCUACUUUACGUCUUAACCCAGAGUCAGAAGUCAGUGAAGCUGAGUAUGCGAAGAUUAAACAGGGAAUGGUUGUAUUUGUGUGUUUCCUCAAAGGUGCCAAUAAAGAACUUGUAGAAAAGAUGGUCAAACAAGUUCUUGCUAUCAAGCUGUGUGAAGGAAAAGAUGGAAAACUAACCUCUAUCACAGACCUUCCAGGAGAUUUACUAAUCAUCCCUCAAGCUUGUCUUGGUGGUAAACUGAAAGGAAAGUCGGUCCAGUAUCACUCUAUCAUAAAUAAGACUGAUGGCAGUGACCUCUAUAGGACUUUUGUUGAACUAUGCACAGACUCUUUUCAACAGAACAGUGCCAUGCAGGAGGCUGGGUGUGUAGUAAAAAGUGGAGUGUAUGGAAAUAGACAGGUGUUAAAUAUGGAAACUAAUGGACCUUUUACACAUAUUGUUGACUUUUAAAUAAAACUUCAGUUAUGUGUUAUUUUUGUUUUUAAUAUUUUCUCUUUCAUAUAUUAUAUGCAAAGAAUAUUGUCCUACCAAGUAAUACAAUUAAUGUACUUGAUAACAGUUAUUGUCAUCAUGAAUCAAACACAACCAGUGUGAUGUAAAGGUCUGUGUUUGCGGAAUGUUGCAACCUUAAUCUGAUGACAUCUGGGUUUAUAAUACAACACCUGGAAUACUUGCCUUCAUAAUCAGACAUUUUUAAUAACUUUACGUGCAGGGCGUGUAAAAGCGUUUGUUGUCACGGACAACAAGGACAAGGAGACAGGGAUUCCAUUUGUCAGUAUUUGGACUUGUUCUGUUGGUUUUUCUCUUACCAAGGGGCAGAUCUAGAGAUAUUUUCUGACAGUCUUCCAAAU